CCACACUCACUCCACACUCUCUCUCACUCACUCUCACUCUCUCUGCUCGGUUCUUACUUUUAUAAAUAUCUGCCUCAAACUCUGAGAACAAUGAGCGCGUCCAAAGCGUCCAAACUGAAGAAGCUCUUCGUGAAGUCGAAGUCCCUGGAGAAGGACAGCAGAGACCCGGAGAAGCUCGGGAGUCCGCCGAGUCCGGAGCCUCAGAGCCCGGACGGUCUGCCCACGAGCCCCGCUGAGAAGAAGAAGAGACGGUUCGGCUCAUGGAGGAGCAAGAAGAAAUCACCCAGAGAGACCAGAGACCCUCUGUUCCUCACCAACACCGACGACUUCGACACAGUAUCGAGCCAAAUGAGCUUUGACCAGCUCAGCAUCCGCACAGAGGACAACAUGAUGAUGGCUGACACCUGGUCCACUGUCCCUUCAGAGGCGACCUCAGUGAUGAGCCUGGAUCUGUCGUCCUCCACCCCGACCUCCCCCUCCCGACGCCUUAGAAAGCAGAGCUCAAGCGAAAAGGGAACCGUGCUGAGCCGGGUCACGACAUUCUUCUCGAAGAAACGAAAGAGCAGGACCGCAUCCGGUGAAGCAGGUGAAAAUGCAUCCACAGCUACCAGCCCCGACAAUCCAGAGGCGUCCGCAGGCCUGAGGCAUUCUUCAGGUAGCUCAGAGGGAGACCAGGUGUUUGUUUCCGAGGUCAGGCUCAAAGGAAGCCCCAGCGUCCGCAGCGUGGCCUCCAUCAUCACGGAUGGAGGAGACCUGCCGUUCGCCGACAGCGAGAGCAGCAGCCGCGGGAGCGUGAGGGAGGUGACCCGGCCGCAGAGCGGCGAAGACCAGAGCGCCAAGCGUCUAGUAAGGGAGGUCAGUAAGAAAUUGCAGGUGUUCCUGGAGGAGACCAGUGUGACCAACGGAGACGAGCAGCAGAUCACGCAGACGACGUUUAAGAAAUGCGUCGAGGUUCCUGUGAAGAGUCCCUGUGAACUCAAGUCUCCAGGUGUCGCAGGGGGGACGGACUUUAAAAAGAUCGCUCUGAAACCCGUACUGGGAGGUAAAGGAAAUUACACCGCUCUAACUGGGGUCACACUCAGCUCAGGGUCCAGAAACCAGUCAAGCUCUGAGAGCUCUUUGGAGCAGGGUGACGGUGACAGCAUGGGGAAACGGAACUCGGGCCGCAGGAGGUCCCGCAAGCUGAGCGACAGCUCUCGCGAGGUGCUCAGCCCUACCAAAGCCUCGUCCCCUGAGGUGGAGGAGGGGUCCAGCCAGGCCUCGCCCUCGCCCGUGCAGCUGCACAAAGCCGUGUUGGUGGAAACGCACAUGGAAGAGGAAGAGAUCGACUCACCUACUCUGGCCACGCCCGUUGCAGACAGCCCAGGUAGGAGCUCACCUGUGCAGGGGACGGACAUCAGCAGUGCCCCCGUCCUUCCGCAUGCAGCAGGUUCUAAGCCAGAGUUGUCUCAGGCCUCAGUGGAGCUGAAAACUGGCACAGCAGGACCAGCAGAACCUCUCAGCGGCGCGGAGGAGGUCAUAACUGAAAAGCGCAGGAGCGUGAAGUUGUCCACGAGAGAGAAGUACUUUGCAAAGAAAGUCUGGGUCUCCUCACAGACGAGUUUGAACGCAGAAGAAGGCACGCCAGACGCGAGCUCGGACAUAACAUCUCAAGGCCAACAGAAAUCUGAAGUGAGAAUUCAGCCAAACUUUAAGAACGUCAGCGUGGAAAUCAAGUCAUACGACUCUGUAGGAGAAAGCAAUGAUGUGUCUGUGAAAGAGGAAGCUAGCACAGAGCAGCAGUUUGAUGAGGAUGUAGAGAGCCUGACAGAACUUUCUAAUAACAUCGUAGACACUCACGAGGAGUCUCAGUUGACAGAAAUGCCUGGAUUCAAGGGACAGUUCAGGGUUGUGGCAAGCAGCCGACAAACCUCGGCUGCAGUGUCCAGGCGUGUGGAGAAAGUGGGCAGUGGAUCAAAUGAAGAGAGUACUGGAAAAAGCUCAGCCCCACCAGUGGCACCGAAAACAAAAGCUGCCAUGGGUCAAGUUACAAAUUACACAGAGGCCCCAAAGGAAGAAAGCAGAAGAAAGGCUGCCCAAAAUGGCAGCGAGAAAAAAGAAAGUAAAUCACCCACAACAAGGGAGCAGCCUACUGCAUUCACUAAGCCCUCUGACAAGUCAAAAAUUCCUAAGAAGACCGCCCCUGAUGUACCACCAAAACCAAAGAAAGCUUUACAAACAAGCACGUCACCCGAUGCGUCAGUGUCCUCUCCGCUUCGGACACAUGAGAUGGCACAGGCAGAGGGUGGUACAUUCAGCUCAGGUAAUACUGUUACAAAACCCCAGCCACCACUGCCGCCUGGUAAAAGUGAAACCAGGUCACCUGUUAAGGAUGAGGUAAGCGUGGCUUUUCGAGGUUUAGAGGCUAACCAAGCACCAAAGUCUCCUCACACUACAGAGCAAGAGCCGAAGAAAGGAAAGUAUUCAAAAUCCCUAAGCACCGAGGACAAAACUGACUCAUCACCUACUGGUUUGGAGCAACCUAAAGAGCUCAGUGACUCUAAGGAAGGUGUGAAGUCUAAAAUACAAUCACAAACUUCUACUGAAAAGCCUUUGAGCCCCAAGAGCAAGUUGCCGAAAAGCUCGGAACAACCUUCAGUCAGAAGCACUGACUCCAGACUCAAAUCAACAAACUCUGUUAAUAAAAGCCCUAAAUCUGUCAACAAAACUGAAAGAGACAACAUGCCUCCCUCUCCCUCAGAGCAGAGCAGCAUAAAGGCCACAAAUGAAACCCACAUCACCAAGACAAAGACUCCAAAAAAACACAAAGCCGAAGCAUCACCAACGGGAAGUAAACUGCCUCGUUUAACCCCACCCAGCGCUCCAAAACAGCCCUCGGAGGAAGAAGUUGAAUAUGGAGAAGAUGACUCACUCAGGCAACCCUUGCAAACUGAUGCCAAGCUUGAGCAUGAUGAUGAUUCAUCCACAGUCAACGGUCCUCUAAGUCCUGGCCAAUGGGCUGAACGUGACCAAACUGCUGGGAAUGCUGUGGUGAAGGCCUCACCAGAAGCUAAACCAAAAAGGCCCGUGAAGGAGCUGAGCGAUUUUCCAACAGCGGGCAGCAGUAUUCCAGCGCCACGUCAGAAAAGUCCCACUAAACUUAAACAUAGAAAAGAGGUGGAAAAAGGAAAAGUACAACACACUGUUGACUCCCAGACUCCAGCUGAAGUUUCAGAACAGAGCGUGGACAAAGCAGAAGAAAGGAGUACGGAGGGCAUGGAGCAUGCUGCAGACCUGCAAGCAUCUGAAGAGAAAAAGGAGACCUUUGCUGCAGACAAGGGAACAUCAGCUCAAGAGAAGGAACAGAAAACGAACAAGGACGAAGAGGUUCAGAGUGUGAGAGUGACAACUACUGAGAGCACUGCAGACGCGAAGACUCCAACUCAAGCAGCUGAAAAGAAAAUGGGUAAUGUCAGAGACAAGCAGAGUGCGACUGUGAAGUUCACCGAACAUACUGCAGCCUUAAAGAGUCCACCAAAAACAUCUGAUGCUGAAGAAGUGCAGAAUGUGUGCAGUAAGACUGUAGAACAUACAGCGCCAGCUCAGGUGCCUGAACAGAAAAUGGAUUCAAUGAAAAAGAUGCAGAGUGUGAGCAUGAACUUGGAGCAUACUGCUGACUUGAAGACUCAGUCUCAGACUUCUAAACGAGAAGCUGCAGACCUGAAGACUCCAAUUCAGGUAUCUGAAGCUGACAAAGCUGAAGAAAUGCAGAGUAUGAAGGCUACAAAUGCAGAUUUGCAGACCUCUAAACAGACAACGGACAAGGCCAAAGAAAAGGAGAGUCUGAAGACUACUGAACAUACUGCAGACUUGAAGAUGCUGAAAACGAGUAUUAAGACUGUUGAUAGUACCGCAGACUUGAAGACUCCACCUCAUGUAUCUGAACAGAAAGUGGAAAAGCCCAAAGGCGAGAAGAGCACUGAGCAUACUGCAGAUUUGAAGACUCCACUUCUACCAUCUGAACAGGACAUGAACAAAGCCGAAGAGAUGGUAAAAACGAGCAUUAAAACUGCUGAGAAUAGUACGGACUUGAAGACUCCACCUCAAGUAUCUGAACAGAAAGUGGAAAAGCCCAAAGGCAAGAAGAGCACUGAGCAUACUGCAGAUUUGAAAACUCCACAGCUAGAAUCUGAACAGGGCACUGACAAAGCCAAAGAGAUGCUGAAAACAAGCAUUACAUCUUCAGAGGAUACUGCAAGCUUAAAAAGUACAUCUCAAAUAUCUGUUCAGAAAAUGGACAAGGCUGAGGAAAAGCAGAGAGUACGUGUGAAACCCAAGGAAUGUGCUGCAGACUUGCAAACUCCAACUCAAGCAUCUGAAAAGAAAUCAGGACCGGUCAAGGACAAGCAGAUAAGAAAUCUGAAGACCAUCGAACAUACUCAUGCGUCUAAAAAGGAGGUGGAAGAGCCCAAAGAGAUGCAGGAUGUAGUUGUUAAAUCAAUAGAGGAUACAGCAGACUUAAAUACCACAUGUCAUACGCCUGAAAAGAAACUGAACAAGACCGGAGAACCACAGAGUCUAACUGUUUUGACCACAACUUCAACACAGAAUGAGAGCACAGCUAGUGUAUUGGCUGGUAAUUCAACACAAGACCUUGCUGAAGCGAUCGCUGUCGAGAAGUCUGAUCAAGUUGAAACCAAAGCAGCUCCAGAAACAAAUGUUUAUCAAGUGACAAAAUCAGGUGGAGAAGCGUCAACAGAUACUACUGUCCAAGCGGAUAAGCCCAAAGCAAAAACAGAUCUUGUCAAAGAAGAGGAAACUCCUCCAGGAGUAUCUGUCGCAGGUGAGGACAGACCGACUGCUAAAAAGAUAGACGGAGUCUCACUCAAACCAGCAGCCAGUGACCACACAAAAGCCAGAGAAGUUGAAACUAAAAGCUCUGAGCAGUCUGAGAGACCACAGGAAACAGCCUCUCCGGUAUUACGGGAGGGUGCAUUGAAGACCUCUCAUCAAGCUGAGGGCGAAGAACAAAAGGACAUUGUAGUAAAUGGUAUUGCAGUGAAUGCAGAAACCCGGUCGAAAACCACAGCAGCUGUGAUUCAAACUGAGGAAGCUGGUCACGAGGAGGCGAGGGUUGAUGCAUCUGCUCGAGACAGCAGAGAUGAACAAAAAUUAUUACAGAAGUCAUCUGAUACAAGAAAAGCUCACGAUGCACUUAAACCACUAACCCCAGAAUUUGUCAAGAAGGACGAUAUCCCUGUAAAGAAACCAGUUACUAAGGCUGCAUCUGAAGAGAAAUGUCCUCAAAAUUCAAGUUUAGUUCCUAAUCAGGAAGCUGCAACAGCUGAGAAGAUGAGCUUCCACAUGGAUAAAAAGAGUGAAGCUAUGACAACCAGCACUCCUGAUAGUAUGAAAACCAAACAGAAACAUAAACCUGAUCUCACAAAAUCUCAGAAUAAGACUGGGUCAGUAUUUGAUGCACUCAAACUGCCCCCACCAAACAAUAAAUCUCAACAAAUAACGGCCCAUGACCUUCCACUGGGCUCUAAAAGCCUCUCCAAAAGUAAGGAAGCUCCGUCCAGCUGGCUGGAUGUGGACCGAGGAUUUGAGAAGAAGCAAAGUAAGAUGGAACGAAGAAUGGACUGUUCAGCAAGCGAUGAUAGCCUGUUGGACACUUCUGAUGAUUCCGAAGACUUCAUUCGCAACAUCAAAGAGCUCUGCUCCCCGUUCUCCCUCCCUCCAAAAAAGCAUGGCCAGACCAGGAUGAUGACGCCUGCUUUUGCUCUGCCUGCAAUCAAAGAAGAUCGUUUUGAGAAGACCUUCGACCCUGAGGAGUUCAAGUUCGGGAUGCGGAAGACCACGGGCCCGAAAGAUCCAUCUCCAGCCAUGCUGAUCAAAAGGAAAAAUGAGGAAGCAAGGAACAAGCAGCCUCCGAAGCGCUUGGGGACUGAAGACAGCUUGCUUUUCAAGUCGCUCUCCUCCCGACGGGGCCAAGACAAAAACGAAGAAGGAAAGGCAGCCGAGGAGAAGGAAAAAGAGGAAGACCAAGUUACCACCGACGGUUCUGGAAAGAUGUCUUCGCGGUUAGAAAGAAUGUCUAUCCUAUCUAACCUAAUGAGCUCUUCCAAGACCUUAAGGAGGACCCAAACUGAGCCUGACACUGUUACAGAUGGAAUAGUAUCACCCACUUCUCCAUCCCAACAAGUUCUAACACCGGAUGAGAAGAGCCCAGUGACACCAUCUGAAGCUGUCCAGCCACCAAAGGUGGCUGAAGGGAACUUGACAGAUCGAGGUACGCUUGUGGGUGGGUCUGGUGACUCACUAAAGAGUCCUUCCACUCCUCCUCUUCCACCUCCUCCUGUUCCCAACUUCUCUGAAGUCAAGCUCCCUGAUUACCUGGAGAAGUACCUGAAGAAAGACAGGGAAGCCACUCCAAAUAGUUCCCAAAGCACAGAAGCACAUUCCCUCUUCCCAGCAUUGGAGGUGAGUGUCAGCCCUGAGGCAUUAGGAGGGAAACCAGACAGUGUGGGCCAAAAGAGCCUGCCAGAGCCCCCAGAACCAGCCUCUCAGCAAAAACCACAAGCACCGCAGACCAAACUACCAUCUCCAACACGCACACAGAUAACAACAGUAAGAGGCUUUCAUAAACGCCCUGGAAAGCUGGUCAUCUUUCAGCAAGCCCAGUUUGGAGGAGAGGCCUAUGAGGUGUUCAGGGAUGUAGAGGACGCUACCUCAUUACAGCUCUCCCCCAUCAUCUCUCUCAAGGUCGUCAGAGGAUGCUGGCUGCUUUAUGAAAAGCCGGGAUUCCAGGGACGGACCGUCGCCCUAGAAGAGGGGCCAACUGAAGUGGUUAAUGAGUGGGCGGAGAUAGAUCCUGGCCAGGAGGUGGGGCCAAACGGAAUGCCGCUCCCAACCAAGCCCAUGGUGAUCGGUUCCAUUCGACUGGCUGUGAGGGACUACAGUCUGCCUAAGAUAGAGCUGUUCGCAGAGCCGAAUGGAUUGGGUCGAGUGUCUGCGUUCUGUGACGACGCCGUCGAGGUCUGCUCAUACGGACUUCCACAGAGUACCGGGUCCAUCAAGGUCCACUCCGGAGUUUGGCUGGUCUUCAGUGAUCCAGGCUUCCAGGGCUUGCUGUCUGUGUUGGAGAUGGGGGAGUAUCCCUGUCCUGAGUCUUGGGGCUUCCCUGCUCCCUUCGUCGGAUCAUUGCGGCCACUCAAAAUGGGCGGUAUAAAAGUGGAGAAUCCCAGUGAAGUCAAGGCCGUGUUGUAUGAGGAGCCUCUGUUUGGAGGCGCCUGCAUGGAGAUCGAUGGAGACGUCUUUGAGAUUGGAGAUGGAGAGGAAGAGGAGAAUCAGACAGAGAAAGAUGCUGAGGAAGGCAGCGAGAGUGCAGACCUCUCCUCAGCCGCCCAGACGAAGAAACUGACCUCCGUUGGCUCUAUGAAAAUAGUCAGCGGCCUAUGGGUGGGCUAUACAGAGCCGGGCUUCGAGGGCCGGCAGUAUGUGUUGGAGGAGGGUGAAUAUGUCGACGUCUCUGAUUGGGCGGAAGUGGGCGAGACAUUGCACUCCAUCAGACCUGUACACGCAGAGUUUGUGUCUCCUCACCUGAAGCUGUUCAGUGAGAGGGACUUUUCAGAGAGGAGCCUGAAUGUGGACCUUCUGGGACCCGUCUUGGCCAUGGAGGACACAGGCUACGGUACCAAGAGCCAGUCAGCAGACGUCCUGUCUGGAGUAUGGGUGGCGUUUGAGAACGCUGCGUUCUCUGGGGAGCUGUACGUUCUGGAGAAAGGUCUGUACGGAAGCCCGGAGGACUGGGGCGCUCGAAACCACAAGAUUUCCUCCCUCCAGCCCGUGUUUCUGGAUCAGACAGGAGGGCUGCCGAGAUUUAAGAUCCAGUUGUUCUCUGAGCCUGGCUUCCGGGGAGACGUUGUGGUUCUAGAGGAGAGUUUGGCAUUCCUGCCGGACGGGUUCUGCCCUCGCUCCUGUAAGGUUCUAGCUGGAAACUGGGUGGCGUUUGAAGGGCCUCAGUUUACAGAGAACAUGUACGUACUGGAGGAAGGAGAAUACAAAGACGCUGAGGCUAUGGGCUGCCUGAGACCAGACUGUACCCUCCGCUCUCUGCACACUGUAGGACAUGAGUUUUCUCUUCCCUCGAUCACUCUCUUCUGUAAGCCGAGCUUCAGGGGGCGCAAGGUCGCAUUGACGGAUGGAGCCAUCAGCCUAUCGCUGGCUGGGAUUGAUGGGCGGAUCCAGUCCCUGUUGGUGAACGGAGGAAUGUGGGUGUUAUAUGAAGGGAAGAACUUCCAUGGUCGUCAGAUUUUGCUCCAGCCCAGUGAAAUUGGCGACUGGCGGAAAUUCAGCGGCUGGCGACAAAUCGGAUCUCUGCGUCCAUUACUGCAGCAGAAGCCAGUGUAUUUCCGCUUGCGCAGCGCGGAGACCGGGUGUGUGAUGUCCUUGUCCGGGCCGCUGGACGACAUUAAGCUGCUGAGGGUGCAGGUACUGGAUGAGAACGGAGGAGAUGAACAAGUCUGGCUCUACCAGAAUGGACUGCUGCGCUGCAAGUUUGUGGAAGAUUGCUGCCUGGAGCCGUCGGGCAGUGUGAUGAUGGCGGGUGGACGUCUCAACAUUUCCCCUGAACCCGGCAAAGACAAUCAAUUCUGGAACAUCACAGCAGACGGUCUCAUACGCUCCAGCCUCAAGCCUGACCUGGUGCUGGAGGUUAAAGGUGGUCAGCAGUAUGAUAAAAACCAGGUGAUUCUGAACACGUUUGAUGAGAGGAAGACCAACCAGAGGUGGACAGUGGAACUACUAUAAUUGCUGGACAUAUACCUGACUGACCUCUGCACCUGAGAGGCAAAGCCUAAGGAAAACAGUGCAAUAUCUCCAGCCAUGGGCACUGUGGUGACCAUACAGAACAAUUUAAACCAUUCCAGUAGGCCCAAUUGCAGAGCUCUUCAAAUGGCUUCGAGAACGGGGUUUGAGAGGAACACUACAUGCCCGGCAGCAUGUCAGGAGACCGCAGAAACUUCACAGACUUCACUGAUGUCCAAGGACUACAUCAAGGUUGUUCAAGAAGUCUUGCUAAUGUAGGUUGUAAAGACUUUUCUAGUAAUAGCCUGAGUUUGCCCUGUUUUCAGGCUCUUAAGUUCCCUUAAGAAUAUUCUUUUUUUAAGAGUCCAGUAUUCCCUGUGGACCUAAAGCCCUGCAAUAAAUGAAUGUCACUUGUGUAAUACCUCAAUAUGGCCACUGGUGGCACUCAGACACCACUUUAUGUGCAUGUACCUGCCUGGGAGGCUGGAGCUUUCUCAAAAAACAUGCACUUACUAAUGAAUUAGUAACCUGCCAUUGACUAGAAGCAGUAAUUUACCCACUACUCCACCCACAUGUCAGUGUUAUACUUAAAAUGAGGUAUACAACAAAAUCAUGACUAGUAAAAUCUGGUUUCUGUGUUCUCGUCCUGUUUCCUUUAGAAAGUGCCUUACUUUAUUUGCAAUUGUUGUUACACUCCAUGGUUUACUUCCAUAUAUGAAAUGUGUCUUGUUGUAUAUUUUCUGAAGCUGUAAAGAUAACUGUUACAUUUUAGUAAGAAUAAAAUGUUUUAUUUCCCUGA